GUGCGCAUGCGCAGUUUACAGCAUGGGACAUGGAAGGGCAGAGCUUUAAUCAUAACGGAAACAUGAAUCUCGCAACACACAUGUAACGUGUUUUCAUUUUUAAAUUGGUGCGGCAGUCACAGUAAUUAUUAGAGACAGUAGAUUGAAGCAUCUAAAAUGUUUCGCCAUAGCAAGGUAUUGAUUACGAAACUCAAGAAUCUGAGUUUCCAGGGCUCGUGGAGGUCGAGAGGCAGCUCUGCUGUAGAGAGAGCACUGCAGUACACAGCGGGACAGAAGAUCCACGGGUUCACUGUAAAAGAGGUAACAGCAGUGCCAGAUUUGUUCCUAACAGCCGUUAAACUCUCCCAUGAUGCCACAGGAGCUCAGUAUCUACAUGCAGCCCGAGACGAUUCCAACAACCUCUUCAGUGUGCAGUUUCGUACCACGCCGAUGGACAGCACCGGUGUUCCUCACAUUUUGGAGCACACGGUUCUGUGCGGCUCUCAGCGCUUCCCCUGUAGAGACCCCUUCUUUAAGAUGCUCAAUCGCUCGCUCUCCACCUUCAUGAAUGCCUUCACAGCGAGCGAUUACACGAUGUACCCGUUCUCCACACAGAAUGCCACAGACUUCCAGAACCUUCUGUCAGUUUAUCUGGAUGCUGUCUUCUUCCCAUGUCUCAGAGAACUGGACUUCUGGCAGGAGGGCUGGAGGCUGGAGCACGAGACCCCCACAGACCCCUCGAGUCGUCUGGUGUUCAAGGGUGUGGUGUUUAAUGAGAUGAAGGGAGUAUUUUCAGAUAACGAGCGUCUGUACGCUCAGCACCUGCAGAAUAAGCUCCUGCCCGAUCACACAUACUCUGUUGUGUCCGGAGGAGAGCCGCUAGCCAUUCCUGACCUGACCUGGGAGCAGCUCAGACACUUCCACGCCACACACUACCACCCCAGCAAUGCACGGUUCUUCACGUAUGGGGACUUACCGCUGGAGCAGCACCUGAAACAGAUAGAAGAAGAGGCUCUGUCUAAAUUCGAGAGAACAGAACCAAACACUGCAGUUCCACCUCAGACACACUGGGACAAACCUAGAGUGGAUCAUGUGACUUGCAGGCCUGACGCCCUCGCUCCUGAUCCCAUGAAACAAAACACGCUCUGCAUGAGCUAUCUGCUGGGAGACAUCACAGACACGUUUGAGGCGUUCAUUCUGAGCCUCCUCUCCUCUCUGAUGAUCUCUGGUCCGAACUCUCCCUUCUACAAAGCCCUGAUCGAACCUGAAAUCGGCUCUGACUUCUCCUCUUCAGUGGGGUUUGAUGGCAGCACUAGACAAGCGUCUUUCACUAUUGGUCUUCAGGGCAUGGCCGAGGCCGACACGGAGACGGUCAAACGCAUCAUUGCUCAAACCAUCGAUGACAUCAUCGCAACCGGUUUUGAAGAGGAGCAGAUUGAAGCUCUGCUGCAUAAAAUCGAGAUUCAGAUGAAACAUCAGUCUACCAGCUUUGGUCUAGCUCUCGCUUCAUAUGUUGCGACUUGCUGGAAUCAUGACGGUGAUCCAGUGCAGCUGUUGAAGAUCAGUGAGAACGUGUCCCGAUUCCGGCAGUGUUUGAAGGAGAACCCUCGCUACCUCCAGGACAAAGUCCAGUACUACUUUAAGGAUAACACGCAUCGACUGACCCUCAGCAUGAGCCCUGACGAGAGGUUCUUGGAGAAACAGGCUGAAGCUGAGGAACAGAAGCUCCAGCAGAAGAUACAGAACCUCAGCGAAGCAGACCACAAAGACAUCUACGAGAAAGGGUUGCAGCUGCUGGCCGCUCAAAGCACGACUCAAGACGCUUCCUGUCUACCCGCUUUAAAGGUGUCCGACAUCGAGCCCGUCAUUCCCUACACACCUGUACAGCUGGGAACUGCAGGCGGUGUACCUGUACAGUACUGUGAGCAGCCCACCAACGGCAUGGUGUAUUUCAGAGCCAUGUGCAACCUCAACUCCCUCCCUGAAGACCUGAAGAUCUACGUUCCUCUGUUCUGCAGCGUCAUUACCAAGUUGGGCUGUGGAGAGCUGGAUUAUCGUCAGCAGGCUCAGCGUAUUGAACUGAAGACUGGAGGCAUGUCUGUAUCUCCACAGAUCAUACCAGACACCGGUGACCUAGAUCUGUAUGAGCAGGGUAUAAUCCUCUCAUCUUCCUGUCUGGAGAGGAAUCUACCCGACAUGUUUCAAUUGUGGAGUGACAUUUUCAACAGCCCUCAUUUUGAUGACGAGCAGCGUCUGCGUGUGCUGGUCAUGAUGUCAGCGCAGGAGCUGUCCAAUGGCAUCUCUUAUUCCGGUCACAUGUACGCGAUGACGCGUGCGGCCCGGACCCUCACGCCCACAGCAGACCUGCAGGAGACCUUCAGCGGGAUGGACCAGGUGAAGUUUCUGAAACGAAUAGCCGAGAUGACUGAUCUGACUUCAGUUUUGAGGAAGCUUCCCCGGUUAAAGAGACAUCUGUUGAAUCCUGAGAGCAUGAGGUGUGCAGUAAAUGCGACACCACAGAAAAUGUCGGAAGUAGCUGGAGAGAUGGAGAGGUUUGUAGGUAAUAUAGCAGCCAACAGGAAGGAGCGCAAACCUGUCAGACCACUCGUUGUGGAGAGAGCAUUCGAUUCUCAGUCUGGAUCAUCUGCGAGUCGUAAACUCAUCUCAGAGCCUCAUUUCAAACCCUGUCAGAUGAAGACAUAUUUCCAGCUUCCAUUUAAUGUGAACUUUGUCAGCGAGUGUGUGCGAGCCGUCCCGUUCACACACACCGACUAUGCCAGUUUGUGCAUUUUAGCAAGGAUGAUGACCGCCAAGUUCCUGCAUGGAGAGAUCAGAGAAAAGGGUGGAGCUUAUGGAGGCGGAGCUAGAAUGGGAGGAGGCGGCCUGUUCUCAUUUUAUUCCUAUAGAGAUCCAAACUCCACCCAGACGUUGUCAGCUUUCCGCGGUGGAGUAGAGUGGGCACGAGCGGGAAAGUUUACCCAGCAGGACAUCGAUGAGGCCAAGCUCUCGGUUUUCUCAGCUGUUGAUGCGCCUAUCGCUCCUUCAGAUAAAGGUUUGGGACGGUUUUUAAACGGCAUUACAGAUGAGAUUAAACAAAGAUACAGAGAGAGACUGUUCGCGGUGACCGAUAAAAACAUAAUUGACGUCGCCGGCAGGUAUCUCGGAGUCGGUCAGCAGACAUGUGGGGUGGCUAUUCUAGGCCCGGAAAAUGAAAGCAUCAGAAAAGACCCAUCCUGGGUGGUCAAAUAGACUGUUUUCUCUUCUUAUUGUUAGGACUGUGUAAGACACGCACAUGCUUCUGGAUCACGCACAGAAGAUUUUUUUCUUCAUGUCAUCUUCAUGAGGUGCUUAAAAAAAAAAAAAAAUUUAAAGUAUCACUUAUUAGUUCACUAAAACUAUUUUGGUUAUACGGCACAUUGUUGAUGGUGGACUUCCAUCUUUUUAUAACAACGUCAAAAAUUAUGCUGCAGUGUUGUAAUUUGAGUGAGAUUUAUAAAUUGGACAUUAUUUAUGAGAUGUAUAGAAUUAUAAUAAACAUGACCAUGUUUAA